GUAAUGUGUAGAAGCAGAUUUAAAAGUUGAAUGAAGAGUGAGGAAUAGGAAUAUAGGCGCGGGUCAAAGUCCAAAAAAGUGUAAGGCCUGGAAAAGGACUAAAGAAAGAGAAAUACACGGAGAUGAUAUGGAGCAGUAUGAAGUUCUACAACAGAUUGGGAAGGGCUCUUUUGCUUCUGCUCUACUUGUAAGACACAAGCAUGAAAACAAAAGGUAUGUGCUCAAGAAGAUCCGACUUGCCCGCCAGACCGACAGAAUCCGUAGAUCUGCUCAUCAAGAGAUGGAACUUAUAUCUAAAGUUUGUAAUCCAUUCAUUGUGGAGUAUAAAGAUUCCUGGGUAGAAAAGGGUUGUUUUGUAUGUAUCGUCAUCGGCUAUUGUGAAGGAGGGGAUAUGGCUGAAGCUAUUAAAAAGGCUAAUUGUAUUCAUUUUCCUGAAGAGAGGCUUUGCAAGUGGCUUGUUCAACUUUUGAUGGCACUUGAUUACUUGCAUACAAAUCAUAUUCUUCAUCGCGAUGUCAAGUGUUCAAAUAUAUUCUUGACAAAAGAUCAAGAUAUACGUCUAGGUGACUUUGGUCUUGCUAAAAUGUUGACAUGUGAUGAUCUUGCUUCAUCGAUUGUGGGAACUCCAAGUUAUAUGUGUCCAGAGCUUCUUGCUGAUAUACCCUAUGGCUCUAAGUCAGAUAUCUGGUCUUUGGGAUGUUGCGUAUAUGAAAUGGCUGCUCACAAACCAGCUUUUAAAGCUCUUGAUAUGCAAGCACUAAUUAACAAAAUAAACAAGUCUUUAGUGGCACCACUACCAACAAUGUAUUCUGGUACUUUUCGAGGCCUGGUGAAGAGUAUGCUGCGGAAAAAUCCCGAGCUUAGGCCAAGUGCUGCAGAGCUACUAAAUCACCCACAUCUUCAACCUUAUAUACUUAAAAUUCACCAGAAACUAAAUAACCCAAGAAGAAGUACUUUUCCAUUCCAAUGGACAGACUCAAACUAUGCUAGGAGGAGUCGAUUUGUAGAACGGGAAUCUGUUUCUACUCCCUCUGGCAGAGUUAAACGAUUGUCAUUCAGUAAUGAUAGGGCCUUAAAUCCUAGUAUUUCUGGAACUGAAGUAGGUUCUCUGUGUUCUACUCAAAGAGGACAAGGUUUCUCUACUUGUUCAAAAGAGAAACAUUAUGAACUAUCCAUUGGCCGUGUCCGUGAAAGACGGGAUACUAACAAAUCAAAAGACUCAAUUGUUGAUCGGAUGCAAAGACUGAGAGAAACUAAGGAGUCUGCCACCCCGCGGCGACAGACACCACCAUCAAAGAUAGCGUAUACUAGUUCCAAGCGUGAUUCACUUCCAGCCUCUUCUACUCCAGCUGGUAAAUUUACCCCAUCAUCUCGCAGAGCUUCCCUUCCACUUCCUACAAGAUCCAAGGCCACAACUACCCCUUACAGAGCCAAUGUCGGUCUUCUUCGAAGUGUGGACUCUCCUGAUAUUUCUGUUAAUGCACCACGAAUCGACAAGAUUGCUGAAUUCUCUUUGGCCACUGGUGAGGAUCAUCCUCUCUUCCCUAUUCGUGGAACAUCAUCAACAUCAGCUCAGUGCUCUUCUAGUUCCCCAAGGAAUGCUGCUGACUACUCAAUCACAAAGGACAAGUGUACAAUCCAAGUUGUGGACAAAGCCAGUAUUCCUACCAAUAGUGCUCUAGUUUCAUAUCGCAAUGAAUGGUCUGAACAUGGGACAACUACUGCUGUUUCAAGCCAAUCAUCUGCUGAUUCUAAUCAGCGCAAGUUUGACACCUCGUCUUACCAGCAACGCGCGCAGGCAUUGGAAGGGCUGCUCGAGUUCAGUGCUCGGCUCCUACAACAACAGAGGUUUGAAGAGCUUGAGGUGUUGUUGAAGCCAUUUGGGCCUGAGAAGGUUUCUCCAAGGGAAACAGCCAUUUGGUUGACUAAGAGCUUUAAAGAAACUGUGGUCUAAGGUUUUCUCAUGCUCUUUUAUAUCAUUGACGUGACAAUAGUGUAAACUAGUGUAGUAGUAGUAGUAUAUAUAUGACGCUAUAGUCUGCAGAAUAGUUUAGCCUCUAAUCUCAUUCCUAUCGAAGAAACUUCUAAUCUCUUUUAUAUCAUUGACACCAUUAGCAUUUUCUGAGAUGCCCACACUUGCUCAAACAGUUUGAAAUAGGCUAGAUGACAUUACCAAUAUGUCUAUAUUAAUAUUUAUAUUAAUGUUCAAAUUCUGUUUGCCAAAAA